AUGAUAUCUAUAACAACUCUUACUCUACUUAUUGGUUCAUCGCUCCAAUCUAAUAAAAACUUUCUGCAAAAAACUCUAGCAGAGUUAAAUUCAGGAUAAAAUGGAAAAUUCUCUUGCACAACUGCUAUCGAUAGAUGGAAAGCAGGUCCUGACCAAUAUCAAUCGAUAUUCAACUCUGCAAAAACAGAAUGGGUUGAUACUCAAUUUCCCGCAGAUUCUACCUCUAUUCAAUGGGUAAAGCAAUUUUCAGCUGAUACACUAAACAAUUAUAAGAAUGCAAAAUGGGUUAAAUUAGGUCAAGCAUUCCCUACUGGUUCUCUAUUUGGUUCUUAAAACUAUCUUAGUGAUGUAGAUAUGGGAAUUUUAAAUGAUGGUUACGUAUUAGGAGGUGCCAUUGCUGUUGCAAAAGAUGAAGAAAGAUUUAAGAAAGUCUUUGUCAAUACGUAGAAAAACUUAGCCGGAGCUUAUGGAUUCAAUAUCUGGGUGAGAGGGAUUCCAACUAUACAAGUUAUCAAUGAUAAUGUUCCUUAUGAUAAUCUCAAAAAUGAUUUAAUCUUUGCGGACAUAGGUUCUGACGGCUCUUAUUGGGUACCAUUACUUGAAAAAGCUUGGGCAAAGACUCUUGGCAACUAUGAAUAAGUUGGCCUCGAUGGAAAUGCAUCUGAUAUUAUAAGUUAUCUAACAAAUGUUCCCAUUACAACAUACAAUACUGCUAAUUAUUAGGCAUCUUCUAUCUUUGAGAUAAUUGAUUCAGCUAAUGAUUAGAACUAUAUAAUAACAGCUCAGACUUUAAAAAGUAAAAUCUGCCCUUUAAAUCUUAUUUGUGGUUAAACAUAUGCAAUUAUAAAUACAGUAGCUCUUGAUUAAAAACAAAAUUUUGCUAAAGACAUUAAUCUUAUUCAACUAAAGAGCAUUUAAAAAACUGAUGGAAAGUUUUAAGGUAAAUGGAAUGAUGAUUCCGCUUUAUGGACAAAGUCAACUGAGACGUAUACUAAGCAAGCUAAAUUAGACAAGAAAGAUGAUGGAGUUUUCUGGAUAGAAGACUAAGAAUUUAUCACUGCUUUUGGUUUUGUGUAAGUUGGAGCUUAUAGACCUAGCUGGAAAUUCUCAUGGUACUCUUAAAUAGGAGAUCUUGGAAACGUGGGUUAUUAUUUCUUUUCUCUAGAUUCUCCUCAAAAUCUUGACAUCAAAAUUGAUUUCUAUAAUCCUAACAUGUAUCCUAUUUCCUGUAGAGAUUCUCCACUCUAAUUUAAAGCUACUGUUACCCUAAGAUCAUCAGGAGCUGCAAAAGUUUUGCAUCAAAGCAUAACUAAAAAUUAUUUUGAUAUUCAAUCUGUGGUAUCUUUCCCAACAUCUCCUUUACCUGCUGGUAAAUAUAAGGUCGAUAUACAAGUAGAUUGGUGA